AUGUAUCGCAGGCAGUCCAUCCUGUCGCACCGACCCAAGACCUCUUCCGACGUUGACGACGACAACGCCUACGCUACUGCCGUUCCACCACCGCACACGAUGAAGCGAACCAUCUCGCAGACAUUCCCUACCCACUACCAGCACGACAUGAAAGACACCAACAUGUUGGACGCCGUCAACGAAGCCACCAUGGCCGCCGACGGCCUGUCGCAACAUUCACAGGCCAGCUCCUUCUCGCGGGCGUUUGGUGCCGUCGCUGGCAGUUUCACGCGCCAGAAGACGCGCCGGCGCAUGUCGUCUGUGUCUUCAGCAACACCCGCACAGCGUCGUCGGGGGUCCAUUCAUUCCUUAUUCGAGUCUUUACCCUCCUCAAGCGCUAGCCAGAAGCCUACCACGGAACCACAACCGCGAAUGCCCCUGCAACACCAAGAUUCUGGCAUUCCCACUUUUCAACUGCAACCACAAAGCACAAGCUCAAAGGCUUUUGCUCCCUUCAGGCGACUUAGUAGCAUGCGCCGCCGCCCCACAGCUUCGGGACCAUCGACAGACGUUACCAAGGCACUUUUCUCUUCUCCUCCCGUCUCCUACCCCAGCCAAUCCGUACCGGGCGCCGCCGCACGACAAGCAGCCGCUGCAGCCAACCAGGACCGCCAGAACCAGAUACGACGCGAGCAAGAACACACCCACCGCUUCCUCAAUGGCCUCAUCACCACGUCGAUGCGUGAUGACGACAUCAAGGACAACGAGAGCGGUGUGGACAUGACAUGUGCUUCUCCCAUUGUUCGCGCCGACAGUGUUACCGAGAAGAAGAUGAUUGAUCCUUUCCAGCGCCUACCUGCUGAGCUUGCUACUACUGUCCUUUCGAAUCUCGAUGCCGCAUCUCUCGUACGUGCCGAGCGCGUCUCUCGCAGCUGGAACGAACACGCAUCGUCGCCGCACGUCUGGCGAAACGUCUUCCUCCGCAAACACGAACCCGAAGUACACGUCUCUCCUGCGCCCAUACAGAUGGGUAGUCUGGGUACUGGCAAGAUGGCAGGUGGCAACCCGGCGCCUGCUCAAGACUGGAAGCAGAUGUUCAGAGCGAGAAGCACAAUCGACGCCCGAUGGAAGGCUGGCACGCCGGCUGCCAUUUACCUCAAUGGCCACACAGAUAGCGUCUACUGCUGCCAAUUCGACGAAAACAAGGCCAUCACCGGUUCGCGCGAUCGAACCAUCCGUGUGUGGGACCUGAAAACCUACAAGUGCAUCCGAGUAUACGGCGGUCCCAACCACCGCCCAACGGCAAACACACCACCGCCCAUGGAGGAGCGACCGGAACGCGUCAUUAGCCACGCUUCGCUCAAUGGAACAAAGGUUGGCAACGAGAUAUACACCGUUCCCGCCGAUUACCACGAUGCCUCCAUCCUGUGCCUACAGUACGAUAGCGAGAUUAUGGUCACCGGAUCUUCAGACUACACUUGCAUCGUUUGGGACAUUACUGGCGAUGAAUACGUUCCUAUGUACCGACUCCGUGGCCACGAGGCUGGUGUGCUAGACGUCUGUCUUGAUGACAAGUACAUCAUCUCCUGCUCCAAGGACGCUAUGAUUAAAGUCUGGGACCGUAAGACUGGCAACUGCGUACGCACACUCAAGGGCCACCGAGGACCUGUCAACGCCGUCCAGCUACGCGGCAACUUCCUUGUUUCCGCUAGUGGCGACGGUGUAGCUAAGCUCUGGAACCUUGAGACUGGUGUUUCGAUCAAAGACUUCCCGUCUGAAGACCGUGGUCUCGCAGCUGUUGAGUUCUCUGAUGAUGCAAAGUACGUUCUUGCCGGAGGCAACGAUCACGUCGUGUACAAGUUCGAUGCUUCAACUGGCGAGCUUGUCCACAGCCGUGUCAAGCACGACGGUUUGGUGCGAUCCCUAUUCCUUGAUGCCUUCAACGGCCGCAUCGUCUCCGGUUCGUACGAUCAGAGUAUACAAGUGUCCGACUACGAGACUGGACAAACAUAUGCAGUGUACAAGAACUGGACUACGAGCUGGAUUCUCUCGGCCAAGAGCGAUUACAGACGUGUCGUCGCUACCAGCCAAGACGGCCGGACUUUGAUUUUGGACUUUGGCCACAAUGUGCCGGGAUCUGAAUUGCUCGCUGGGUCGAAGUAA